AUGGGCUUAUGCAUCCAACGAGUGAAACCACAUCUGACUCCACUUUUCACGUUUUUCUACAUCAUGGAAUUUCCGAGCUCUUUGUUGAAUUUAACUAAGAUCGAGGAUUCUGACGGAGACACCAGACGAAAUUCAGAAUGUUUCACUGAGCGUUCCAGGAAAAGUCAACCGAAACCGCAGUUAACCAGAUGGUCUUCCGAAAGUGAUUUGACCAAAGCUUGUUCGUACGAUGUGUCUGUUGAAACGAUGAGAAGAAAUUCUUUAGAAGAGGUAUCACAAUGUAUGCAAACUCGACUGGAUGCAGAAACUGCAAGUAUUCUUGAAAAUGGUAAAGUGACUGACGAAAAUUCUCUGAAAAAAAAGACUUUCUUGAUGAACAUGUUCCGAACAGCUGUUUUGAAAGUGAUGACCGAACCAGCUGGUGAUGAAUGUGAGGGUCCUGUUGCUCCAUUACCAAACGAUCCAUUCACUAACCUCACACUACUACCCACUCAAAAAACCAAAGCUAUCUACCUUUCUCAGGUGUUCAAGUAUGCAGUCAAACAGACUAUCAUACAUCAGCGUCAGGAGAAGUCAAGUGGCGACCCAUGGGACGAGUUUUUCUAUAGGAUAUACAGUGCAGAGAAGCCAAGAAUGGAUAAUGCUAGACAAUGUCAUAGUGCAGGAGUGAAAUUGAAUAUAAAUAAAGAGCUUCAAGACAAACUGGUGUUCACGGACUACGAUAGCAGUAUAAAAGACAAGCUGACACCGUAUAAGUCAAGCUCAUCAGAUCGAGGUAAACGAGCAUUUGACAAUCUGAGUCGAAUAUCAAGCAAUAUUUCGAAACGGCGACAACAAGAGAUUAGCGAAAAAGGAGGCGCCGAGCACUUGUCUCAACAUGCGACUCUUCCGAAAUUGCCACCCCGACAACGAGAAAUGGAACGGACCGAUGAGCGCGGCCGUCGGUUUCGAGUUGAGAAACAUCAACUUACUCUUCGGAAGGAUCUCCGCAUCUCCAGCGUCCUUCUUGACAUCGCACGACUUUGGUGGCCAUGGGAUUCCUCCGAGCUUCUGCAAAUGAGCAUUGUUCUUCAUUCUAACUUCAGCUGUAGUUACCUUAGCGUUGAGCACAGUUGGGCUCGGAGUGCGGUUCUCCGCCUCGUUUCCGUUCUCCUGUCCGAACGUCUCCGUGGCGAAGGUGACCUUUGUUGGCGAAGCGAUUGGAGAAGCAAUCGGCGAAGCAACUGGAGAAGCCUCACGAAUUUGAGUGCUAGAAGCAAGAAGCUCCUGAGCCUUGCGAAGCUCUUCCUCGUCCUCAUCGUCCUCAUCGACUUCAGAAGCAAGAGUCAAUUUGACCUCCUCGAUCUCGUUUGGCUUAUCAGCCUCCUCCUCCUCAACAAAGUCCGAGAUUUGGCUCUCUUGAAGAACCUCCUGUGGAGCAUCGACAACCUCAAUCGUUGGAGUAGUUGGAGUCUUGGCUGA